AUGGACCUCCCGUCUACACAAAGUAUCACCGGAUCUCCCUCCCCCUCCAUGCCCUCUCCGGGUCAUCCAACCCCUCUCACUUCACUUGCUCCAUUGGCGCGGUCUCAGGCUCAGAACACGUCCCCAAAUACUGGGGCAAGUGUAACAUCUUCUCACCAAAAUGCACCUACUGCAACUACCACACGCCAACUGGAUAUCCCAAUUCCAACUACGAAUGUCCGUAGCCUACAACGCCAGUCCAGUUGGACGUUCUCUACAGUUACUGCAUCACCCAAAGGCAAGGAACCUGCUGAACCACGCCCUGAGGCAUGCUCUAGCUCAUCACCUGCUAUCGAGCCUGCUGAAAAAGAGGCCUUUGAGUCCCUCAAUCUCACUCCUCCGCCCCCACCCGAAACUGCCACCCAAGCACGAAAUCGGACCAACGACAACGUCGCUCGUCUGGCUGUUCUUAUUCAUCACAUGCGCCAGGGUGCUGAAAGCGAACGUCGACUUGUUGUUGACAACAUGCAGGACCUAGCAGCGGUUUGA